AUGCAAGGUGCAACAGAAGUGUACGAUUUCCGUUCAACACUCAACCGACACGAAGAUGGUUAUUUUAUUGCUCGUGUCGUGGUUGGACUGAUGAAGGUGGCCGACAAAAAAGAAGUGAUGAUAUUGAUUGAUCCGUGUUUGACAAAUGAUGACAACACUGAGCCGGUUGUUCACUUCGCGAUAACCGGAGAUCAGUUGGAACAUCGAUUCAGUGGAGAAUUUCAAAAGAUUGAAAAGCUCGGAAAUCUUGAACCGACUCGAGAUGCACAGCUAAUUCAAGUUGCUGUAGGGACUUGGGAGUAUCAAACAUCGGCGAGCUCUAUCCAUUUGUGCAAUUGUCACCCGAAUUUCUAUGAACCGAGUGCAAACCAUUCCGAUCUUGAAAUAUGCGAAAUGAGACUUUUGGCAGGCUGUAUCGCUACCCAUCUCCGUAUGAACGGCAACUUGCUCGCAGUAACCAUCCAAUCGGGACUAUCAAUUUUGAACUAA